GCAAAAAGACGAGGACAGACGACCAACGGGACGGGGCUUGGCUGCUGUUACCACGACAUCAGUUUUUAUAAUAAUUUUUACAAAAGUAUUAAAUUAAAACAAAGUAACCUGAUCUGUUCGUUCGACUAGUAUUUAAUUUAUUACAAUGUGUAUUAUCGUUUGAAGUAAUUAGUUAAUUAUAUAUUAAAAAUGACGCAGUUUUUGCCACCAAAUUUGCUGGCACUAUUUGCUCCGCGUGAUCCAAUACCAUAUUUACCACCAGUUAGCAAACUUCCGCAUGAAAAGAAGAAUGGUGGAUAUCUCGGCGUCGGAUCAUUUCUAAAAUACUUUGAGGAUCCAAAAGAUACACCCCCGCCACUCCGGGUGGAAACACGUGAAGAACGUCUAGAACGUCGGAGACGUGAACGUGCUGAGCAAGUUGCUUACAAACUUGAACAGGAAAUAGCAGUAUGGGAUCCAGCAGCUAUUCCAAAUGUUACUGCUGAUCCAUUUAAAACUUUAUUUGUCGCACGAAUUAACUAUGAUACGUCGGAAUCAAAACUUAGAAGAGAGUUUGAAGUUUAUGGGCCAGUUAAGAAGAUUGUUGUCAUCCACAAUACAGUCAAUGGAAAACCAAGAGGGUACGCAUUCAUUGAGUAUGAACACGAAAGGGACAUGCACUCUGCUUAUAAACAUGCGGAUGGUAAGAAAAUAGAUGGCCGCAGAGUGUUGGUGGAUGUUGAACGUGCAAGAACAGUUAAAGGAUGGCUACCACGUAGACUUGGUGGUGGUCUUGGUGGUACACGUAGAGGAGGUCCUGAUGUCAAUAUCAAACAUUCUGGUAGGGAGGAUAAUGAAAGGGAACGGGAGCGAUACCGAUUGGAACGUGAACGUGAAGCAACUGGACGUGGACUUGAUCGUGAACGUGAUCGCGAUCGUAUUGACAGAGAACGUAGAAGAUCGCGUGAACGUAAACGAAGAUCGCGAAGUAGAUCUCGGGAACGUAAACGUAGACGUAGUCGUGAACGCGGCGCUGAGCCAGAAGUAGAGGAAAUACAGCGGGAAGAACGUUCACGUGAUAGACGUGAACGGGAUAGAGAUCGUUCGGACCGUGAUCGAGAUCGUAAACGCAGACGGUCACGUAGUAAUGACCGCACUGACCGUGACCGCGAUCGCGAACGUAAGAGAGAUAAGCGCGACCGCGAACGACGGGACCGUAAAGACCGCGAGCGUGUUCCUGAUGAAGACACUAAAGAGAUUCGUGUCAAAGAAGAACCUCUUGACGAUUAUCCAGAUUAUAAUAAUUCUUAUACAUCGACGACACCUUACUUCGCUCAAGUAAAGUAUGAAGACGACAAUGAAGUUGAAGAGAAGUAUAGAAUUCCAGAGAAUCGUAAUGAUCAGCCGUCUUAUAAUUAUGAUUCCGUACCAGAAUAUCAUUAAUUUAUAAUUAAUGAUUUAUUAAUUAAUUAAUUAGUUAUGACAUUGCUGUAAUAUUGAUCUUUUUUUGUUAACUAUUAUUUUUUUUUUCUUUUUUUUUUUUAUCUUAAUUUUAAUUUUCUUUUUCAAAUCCUCGCCAUUGACGUUACAGUGACCGGUAAUCGAUAUCGUUAUUUCUGACAAUGUGUGUUUGUACAACGAUAAAUUAAUUACUUUUACAUUUUUAACUUCAUCCCGUGUAAAAAAAAUUCGUUCCAAAAAAUUUGACAUGUGGAACUUAUAAACUGAGACAGAUUAGAACCUCAAAUUUGAAACUUUUCAUUAAUGUUUUUUUAUUCUUAUGAGGCGGUGUGCCGUCAACUGAUCCCAAUAAUUUUAUACUACAAGCGAUCCCUACAAAAUGAUCCCACGGAUAUAUGAUCCCAUCGAUGAUUGAUUUAUUAUUUUCACAAUAAUAAAAAAUAAUUUAUUUGAAGAUCUAUAAUAAAUAUGCUAUGAAAUAUCUUAUAAUUAAACAAAUAUCUUAUAUUGAUCCCAAAUUGUCUGUGGGAUCAAUUGUCAUGUGAUCACUUGUCGGGGAUUAGUUGUCAUGGAACCUUAUGAGGCUAUUGGUUUCCAAUAAGAACUUUUUUGGAACGAGGGUAAAUUGUAGUAAAAAUAACUUUUAAAAUUAUUCUUUUUUUUUACUCAAAAUUCGCUCAUAAAAAUCCUAGGGAAACUUUUUUUUUUUUUACUCUCAAAAUUACAAAAGUUCAAAAAAAGUUAAAAUCUGUCUUAAGUUUAGAAGUUCCACCUGUCGAACUUUUUUAGAAUUUUUUUGAAACGAAUUUUUUUUACACAGAAUACUAAUAAAUUUAAUUAUUCUUCAAUACGUUGAUAAAAAAA